GUGGCAUCGGGGCAGGUCUGGAACGAGACGACAGAUCCCGUUCGAGUCAUCAGUCGCCGCCGCCGCGCCGCCGCCCAGUUGAUUAAAGCGAAGAGGAGAACAAGGAAGUCACGAGAAAAGAGGAAGAGAGCAACGGAGCGGAGUAAUAGUGGAAGGGGAAAUGGUGUUGUGGGAGAUGACGGUGAUCACCGCCUACUUCUUGGGCCUCAAGCGAACCUACCGGCUCGCUCUCCGAAUCCAACGCCGCCUUGUCGGCCCCAAUCAUCCCAGGACCCGCCAAUUCCUCUACAGGCGCACACGAAGUGUGUUCGAUGUGGCAGUCAAAGUUCACAAAAACAUACAGCAAAGGGACAAAGAAGUAGGUAGGAAUCUGGGGAACUGGAUCCUCCGUUGGCUCCAUCGCAUGAAACCUUCAGCAGAAAUAUGUCCACCAGUUCUGGAGGAACCUACCAGCACGAACAACAUUUCAAAGCAUGCUGCAAGUUCUAGCCAGCCUCUUGGAGCAAAGGAGGCCAACAACAAGGCCCCAAAAAAAUCUGAUGGACGAGUGCUAUUCACUCCCUUGAACUCAAGGUCGACUUCCUUUCCAUCCAUGUCCAUGAUGCUGCAGCCGAGAAAUUCCAUGGACUGGAAUUGCCAACAGAGGCACAUAUCCCGCUCCACACCUUAUGGUAUAUCAUUCCAGCAAAGAAGAGGGUUGGCAGGUGUUUUCCGAGAUGAUAUUUCUCAGUGGAUGCUGCACUAGUAAGAAGCUGCACCUGUCUCCCCUUCCACCCUACCAUGGUCAGCAUCCUGUGGCUUAAACUCCUCUCUACAUGAAAAAUGCCCGGUGGAUGAUUGAGCAGGGUUACUGUUCAUGCUUUCAACAGCAAAAAACAUCAAGCAGCAGCUUUCCAUUAAUAUAGACACAACUGGUACCAAUUUUUUGAUGUUGGUUUUCCUGAAGACAUUUUGAUCACAGAUCAUCUGUGAGUUCCUGAUCAAUCCAUUGUUUUUGCUUGGUGAACACAGUCAUAUGAUGUGAUACACUCGUUUUCUGCAUAGAUUUCUGCAUCUAUUAGUUUCAAUCUCUCAUGGUU